GGGUCGUUCGCUUUUGGACUGUCUUGGUUUACUUGCUGGCUUCUAUGCACUUAUAGCUGGAAUAUACGUCUGCUGCUUCGGCGCGGCUUCUAUUCUACCAUGGGGAUGCUGUCAAAUAAUAUUCUUUAGAAAACAAAUCCGCGAUGAUCUUAAGAACGAAUAUCCAAGCGGCGUCCCACUUGUCGACCUGCCGAACCCAGCCGUCAAAUGUAAAGAUCGACUCGAUAACCUCGAGAAAUUCCUGAAACAAUAUGUGAUCGAUGUAGAUUACUUGCAAGAUUACAACAACAAUACGGACGACGAGGGCGACAAUGAAAAGCUAGGUAGUCCAACAGUUGAUGCAGCUGGAGCGGGUGGUCCUUCUGCAGGGUCAGUUUUGCCUUUUCUCUCGGCAAAACGUAAACCAAAAACUAAUGACGAAGGAUCUAAUAAUGCUAAUACUCCGGCAUCUGGAGCGGGUGGUCCUUCUGCAGGGUCAGUUUUGCCUUUUCUCUCGGGAAAACCGAAACCAAAAACUAAUGACGAAGGAUCUAAUAAUGCUAAUAUUCCGGGAUCACCAGCUGAUAAUCCGUAUAUGAGUGUUCCACCUUCUGGUCCCGAACAUGAAGUUGGAGGUCCUGGACACGGAGUGUCUGGCAAUAACAACAAUAACUCGGAUAGAUUUGGUAUACCUGCAGUAAUUGGUGCAGGAUUAAUUGGUGGAGCACUUGCAUCUCAUAACAAGAAAAAUACCACUGGAGGAGAUACUACGGAGUAUGGAUCGGCUAAUGCCACAACUACUACUUCAAACGGUGGAUCAAAUACAAUCGGAGGGGGAAGUAAAUCAACCACUACUUACUCAUCCACCCAGCCUACUACUGGUAGCGGUGCAACUGAAACAAAUAAAUCGUCAAACAAUUCGUAUGGGGUAAUCGCUGGCGCGGCGGCAGCAGGAGUAAUCGGUGGUGCUGCAAUAGCUUCUAAAAAUUCAAAAUCUUCAUCUGGUACAACAGGAGCAGCUACAUCAUCUACAACUGGAGGAUCAGAGACCUACACAACAAUCUCAUCAUCCAGUACUACUUCGCGAGCCAACAAAAUUGCUUUCUUAGCGUCAAUGAGUGGACAAGAACGAGAAAAAUAUUUUGCAAGUUUACCAUUAGCAGAGAGACGAGAACUAGAGACUGAGUACAAAACCUACACCACCAACACCACAGCCAGUGUUACUACGCGAGCCAAUAGAGCUGCUCUCUUAGCAUCAAUGAGCGAACAUGAACGCGCAAAAUUUUUAGCAAGUUUAUCAUUAACACAAAGACGUGAAUUAGAAACCGAGCUCAGAACCUACACUACAACAUUAUCCAGUACUACUUUGCGAGCAAACAAAAUUACUUUCUUAGCGUCAAUGAGUGAGCAAGAACGAGAAAAAUAUUUUGCAAGUUUACCAUUAACAGAGAGACGAGAACUAGAGACUGAGUACAAAACCUACACCACCAACACCACAUCCAGUGUUACUACACGAGCCAAUAGAGCUGCUCUCUUAGCAUCAAUGAGCGAACAUGAACGCGCAAAAUUUUUAGCAA